AUGGACUCUCCGCGUGAUAACGAAGGAUGUGUGCCACGCCAUGCUGAUUGCUGCUAUGAUAGCAAUGAGGCAAGCCAGGGUAGUGAUUGUGAGCCUCCAAAAGCUUCAGGAGCCGACAGCUGCAAGGAUUCUCGCUGCUGCCAACCCUCUCCGAAGACGAGAGAAAGCGACUGCUGCAACAGCAACCUGAAGAGACUUGACAGGUGCAUACCAACUGGAAUCCUCCCUACUGCUUGCCGCAAUGCUUGCUGCGGUGGACCAAACAAGGCGAUACAGGACACUUUUAGUUGUGGAACGAACGAGGUCAAAGUCGACGAUGGCUGCUAUACUCAUGAGCAGGACUGGGAGGGAAACCAUCCGUCUGCCGCAGAGGAACUGAAUGCAGAAGGUCCAGAAAAUCCCAGCUGCUGUGAGGGUAAGACGUAUCCCUGCUGCGAUGUGUCCUGUCUCGAUCGCAUUGCGCUCCGCGAAUGCGAUAAAGGAAAAAGGGUAUCGCGGUCUAUCGAAUCGCCCCAAGCUGCUGCAUAUUCGCCACUGAGCUCCUCUUGCCCGGGGGUUGAAGAAGGGAAACCAUGCGAACAACACAGUCGUAGCACCCGUAUGAAAUAUGCGGCUACCUUGGAAGCUCUCGGUUGUGUCUGCCGCGCUUUGCUGGCUCUUGGGCAAGAGUCUUGCUGUAGACCCCAAAGACGCUCGUCUUUUGAUAAGAAGCGUUUUCAUAAGAGAUCUUACCAGUCCACUCCUCGUGCUUCCCUCGAUCCUUGCUGCGCUGCUGGGAGCUUUGCUACGGAAACGCCGCCGCCGUCAGAGGGGUGCUAUCGCAACACCAGUCCAAAGGCAAGCGGAGGUGCCUGCUUAAACGACUGCUGCAGUAAAUUCAUGACGUCUACGGUUCCCGAAUCGGUAGCCUAUGCUACUAAAGAAAAGCCCAUGGGUUUCUCUGAGAACAAGGAGAGUCUUACUGACGUGACUUAUACUCUUGACGUUGAGAAAGGCAUCACAGGCAACGAGCAUGUUAUUCUGAGCAUCACUGGAAUGACCUGUACUGGGUGCGAGACGAAGCUAAAACGAACUCUAGCCACGUUAAAGUCGAUCAAGAACCUUAAGACUAGUUUGGUGCUUUCCCGCGCUGAAUUCGAUCUUGACGUUAAUGCUGGGUCCCUGGUUGAAGUCAUAAAGCAUUUAGAAAGAACCACGGAGUUUAAGUGUGAAAGGAUCCUAGAUCGAGGAUCCAGCGUGAACAUCACUGUACCCGUCGAUUCAUCUGACUUUGUGAAGCAAGACUGGCCACGUGGUGUCACAGAUCUAACAGUUGUCGAUAAGAACACCGUCCAUGUCGCUUUCGAUGCUAAGAUCAUUGGAGGGCGAGAACUUGUUGAAAGGGGAUGGAGCACUCCUGUCAACCUUGCUGCUCCUCGAGCGGACCUAACCCUGGAAGCUGGCAGCAAGCACGUUCGUUACGUUGGGUACAUGACCCUGUUGUCCAUAGCUCUAACAAUUCCAGUGCUGGUAUUGGCUUGGGCUCCACUUCCGAAGAGGGAAAUCGCAUAUGGUUCUGCAUCGCUAGGGCUGGCGACUAUUGUCCAGGUCUUCAUUGCAGGGCCAUUCUACCCAAAGGCUUUGAAGAGCUUGGUAUUUUCUCGGAUGAUCGAGAUGGAUCUCCUCAUCAUGUUAAGUACCAGUGCUGCUUUCAUAUUCUCUGUUGUAUCGUUCGGGUAUCUUGUUGCAGAUCAGCCACUGCCAACAGGCGAGUUCUUUGAAACGAGCACUUUACUUGUCACCCUGAUUAUGGUCGGUCGGUAUGUCGCUGCGUUGGCUCGUCAAAAAGCUGUUGAGUCCAUCUCCAUUCGUUCCCUACAGACACCGACUGCUAUUAUCGUUGACGAGUCUGGCGCCCAGGAGAAGGAAAUUGACGUUAGACUUCUUCAGUACGGCGACAUCUUUAAGGUUGCUCCAGACUCAAAGAUACCAACCGACGGUACUGUUAUCAUGGGAUCUUCCGAGGUCAACGAGUCCAUGAUUACCGGAGAGGCAAGCCCAGUCGAGAAAUCAGCUACGUCUGCAGUCAUUGCAGGAUCAAUAAACGGUUCUGGGACAUUAACUGUUAGGCUGACACGUCUCCCUGGUGAUAACACUAUCUCCAUGAUUUCAGGGAUGGUUGAUGAAGCAAAAUUGUCAAAGCCAAAGAUACAAGAUAUUGCUGACCGUGUUGCGAGCUACUUUGUGCCAACUGUGGUUGCUGUGACCAUCGUCACGCUUGUUGUUUGGAUUGCUAUUGGUGUUGCAGUGCGGAAACAAUCUGGGGCUGAAGCAACUACCCAGGCAAUCACGUAUGGCAUCACCGUACUUAUCGUCUCGUGCCCUUGUGCCAUCGGUCUUGCAGUCCCCAUGGUUAUUGUUAUUGCCAGCGGUGUUGCUGCCGAACGAGGCGUGAUAUUUAAAUCUGCAGACAGUAUCGAGGUUGCGUGCAAGGCUUCUCAUGUCGUCUUUGACAAGACUGGUACGCUCACCCAAGGGAAACUCACUGUCGCCGUGGAGGAGUAUAUAGACGGCAAUAUGAGCUCCACUAUGCCCCUUCUGCUCAGCUUAAUUAUUAGUAAUAAGCACCCUGUCUCUGCUGCUGUGGCUACGCAUCUUAAAGCAAAGGGCAUUUCGACCUCUAUCAUAUCUGAUCCAAAGAUUUUGACUGGGAAAGGUGUAAAAGGCUCUGUGUCAGGUAUGGUUCUCCAGGCAGGAAAUUCCCGUUGGCUCAAUGUCUCUUCCGAUCCGCAUGUCAAGCCUAUCCUUGCACGAGGAUAUACAGCCUUUUGCUUCACAAUCAACGACUGUCUUGUUGCUAUCUUUGGCCUGGAAGACUCACUCCGUACUGACGCUCUCCAUACUGUCACCAAACUGCGUGAACGUGGUCUUUCCGUUCAUGUCAUCUCAGGGGAUGAUCAUGGCGCCGUCAUAUCUGUUGCAACUCUGCUGGGUAUCCCCGAUACUAAUGUCCGUUCCCGAUGUACCCCAGCAGACAAACAAGCAUAUAUUCAAGGCCUCCUUGCCGUCCCAGACCCCCGAAUCUCUACAAAGAAUCCCAAGACACCCGUUGUCGUCUUCUGCGGUGACGGGACCAAUGAUGCAAUCGCUCUAGCUCAAGCCACAAUCGGCGUCCAUAUGAACGAAGGAACAGAUGUUGCAAAGUCUGCGGCUGAUGUUGUUCUUAUACGUCCUAACCUUACCGGUAUACUUUCCAUGAUAGCUGUAAGCGAAAUCACGAUGAACAGAAUCAAGUUCAAUUUCGGAUGGAGUUUUGUCUACAAUGUCUUUGCCAUUUUGCUUGGUGCUGGUGCUUUUGUGAAUGCUAGGAUUCCACCUGAAUUUGCGGGCCUCGGGGAGUUAGUGAGUGUUGUGCCUGUCAUCGCUGCUGCCGUGCUUUUGCGGUGGUCCACGAUCUAG